GAGUGAGGCUACUGAGAACAACUGAAGCCGAUCCAAAAAUACUCCUGCAGCAUGUGCUACUGACGGACUGUCGCAGUUUAGCUGCCGAUCCUCCGGCACAGCAUUUUAACACUAAGGUUUACUUCCUAGCUGGGUUUAUUAUGGCUUUAAUGGCUCCGUCACGUUAAUAAUGAAAGCGUCCACAUUGAGAGCUAGUUGAUGUUAGCUGUGAAACAGUGAUAUUAUGGGUACAACAGGGUAUCUUGGCGGUGAUUUGCUAGAGAUUAGCUACCUGCUCCGUCACAUCGAGGCACGGACAAGGGCACUAACAGUGACAAGCAAACAUUACGGAGAUAUUUUCGUCAUCAUAAAGCAGCGGUGACAAUUUUCAGUCAUAUGCGUUAGCUAAUGAGUUAGCUAACCUGAUUGUGUGCAAUCAUGAUUUAGCCACAACCGUACACGAAUGAACAAUAUGCACUGUAAUACCACCCGCUGUCUUUUCUAAGGACUACAAUGAGAAGACAGGGAAACCAGCCACCCAGGCCAACAGCAGGUUGCCUGUCUGUGCCGCUCUUCAACCAGAAGAAAAGAAACAGAGUUCCUUUGACAUCUGCUCCCUCUGAGAAUGAAUUUUUCUCCCACAGUGAAUACAUGGCAAGCACCAACUCAGCUGCAUCUCACAGCACAUCAGGUACCUACGGAUAUCACCAGGCAUCAGGUCAAUCCUCUGGUUCUCCACAAAGCCAACAGUGGAACAGGCAGGGCAUCCAACAAUCUAAUCCGCCUCAGCAGUAUGGCAUCAGCAGACCUGCUCCUGGACCUGCCCCUGCAAUGAAAACCUAUGCACCCAUACCACAUCCAUACAAAGUUGGAGGCACAAGCUCUAAGAUUGGACAGCCCAGCAACCCAACGAGACAACAGGAUUCCAGCCACGGUGUUAACUCCAGACAGAGCAAAUAUCAAUCCCCCCACAUCAGUGAGAGUGCACAGAGCAAGCCAGCACCCCAUACUGGGUUCUCUCAGAUGAGUCAGCAGUCACCGUACAGGCCAUCCAAUCCCACACAUCAGUAUUCCCAGCAGCCCAAAGCUCUGCCUCCUGGCCCACCACCCAGCAGGCCCUCUGCUCGUGCACCACAGCCACAAAACAACUCCUGGAAGUUUACUAACAGCUUUGGGCCACAGAGAUCCUCCUUUGAGGUAAACAGAAGCAUAAAUCAACCUCGGACUGCACAACAAACUCAAACUCAGCAGGGCACAUUGCCAGCGAAGCCAGCCACGGAGAACUCUCUGAGGAUCCUGACUGCAGUAAUUGAUGGCAUGAGACAUUGGAGCCAGUUUAAAGACAAAGUCCCAUACCUAUUUGAGAUAUUUGCUACUCUAGACUCUGCGGUCACACUGGGUUGCCAUGGAGCCAAGAACUUCCUCAUGAGAAACGGGAAGGAAGUAGUGCAGUGUGUCUUCUAUGAAAAUGAGCAGGAACUGCCCCGGCUCAUUCGUGGUCAAGUUCAUCGCUGUGUAGGAAACUAUGACCGCAGUAGAGAUGUCCUUUUGUGUGUAUCCGUCAGACCUGGCCUGCCCUCAGAGCUGAGGAAUGCUCAGGAGGCUGUCAAAGCCUGUGAUGCAGAAAUGAGAGCGCUGAUCAAAUCCCUCAGUGAGGUCUGAGCUACUGUAGGUAUUUAAAGCAGCACAAGACUGAUACCAGUAUUUGAUGAGGCAGCAUGAGAGCCAUGUUUAGUGCCCUAUAGUAAUAUACAACUCUUGUUUUGAGUAGAAGUCCAGAAAGUUUUUUUCAAAGAUAUUAUUACAGUUUAUGACCUGUAAAGGGCGCUGUUGUGCUGUUGUACUGUGCUCUAACAGUUGAGUUCCAUUGCAUGUUAUGGCAUUGAUGUUUUUGUACCAAUUUGUAAAAACAAAUAGAAAAAAUGGUUAUUUCAUUUAUCCGGAACUUUAACGAAAAGUAAAGCCUCUCUUUUUUAUAA